UUAUAAGCGUCAUCUGAAAGUAGUCAUUGAGUCGUGACCGCGAUAGUAAUCGUUGUAUAAAAGCCGACUAUUUGGCCAAGAUUGUAAAACAAAUAUUUCGUUGACUGUUGAUAGAGCUCUUCGGGAUUUAAGUAACUUAACUAGAAAAAGAACAUAAAGAGUCACAAUGGCGGAUCUAGGCUGCGGAAAGUCGUGUAUGAAAUACAUUCUGUUCGUCAUCAACUUCCUUUUCUUUAUUCUUGGAGCGGCAGCUUUCGGUUUAGGAAUAUGGGCACUUGUAGACAAAAACAAGAUGAACGUUCUCACCAAGGUUGGUGCUGAUGAUUCGGAUUUUAAUGUCACUGGAUUGCUGGAAUCAGCCGCCAUUGUUCUGCUGGUAGGAGGCGGAGCAAUAUUGCUGAUCGGAUUCCUCGGAUGUUGUGGUGCCAUGAAACAAAAUAAGUGCUUACUGGGCCUGUACGCAUUCUUUUUGAUAAUAAUACUUAUUGUGGAGUUGGCCGCCAUUAUAAUCGCUGCUGUAUUCCAAGGAAAGGUUCAAGACGAGCUGAAAGAUUUCUUAAAGAAAAACAUUAACACCACGUAUGAAGGAAAAAUCGACACAAAGGAAGAAUUCUCUUUGGGUCUUGACUACGCACAAGUAUAUUUCCAAUGUUGUGGCAUUGACAGCUACAAGGAGUUUGAAGGUGCUACAAAAUGGAACCACUCAGCAAAUGUGAUAAUUCCUAAAACUUGCUGUAAACUUAAAGAUAAAGAUGAGUACUUGAAAGAUCAAAAAGCUGUCCUGGAAGACGAAAAUUGCCCAACCAGUCCGACUGGAACUAAUUCUAAUAUCAAUGAGCCAUGUUGGGAUUCGAUUGAAAGUUAUUUGAAGGACAGAAUUGCCAUCGUAAUUGGAAUUGCCGCCGGGAUUGUCGCCCUUGAGGUCGUCUGCGUGAUUUUUACCUGUUGCAUCAUCAGUGAGUUAAGAAAGUAUGACUCAUAAACAAAAACUCACCGGAGGAAAAAAAGGAAUCAUCAUAAUUUUUACAGCCGGCAUUUAUAAGAUAAAAUGAUAGAAAAAAAACAACAAAAACAAAAACUUGAAUGCAGUAAGAAAAUAACUAGAUCAGUUGUCACUAAUUUUUCGUAGGUAGAUUGUAAACAAAAAAGAAAAAAGUUGAACACUAUCAAUAAAAAAAGAACAAUACAUGUCAUUGCCUUUAAGAACAGUUUUGCUAAUGUAAAGUGAUCAUCACAAGCAAUGACGUCAUUUUCAUAGAUUUUAAUUGAAUUAUACUUUUUUAUGUUAAAGAUAUAUUAUAUGUUUUGUUAUAUUUCAUGAAUAUAAAACACGCUAUAUUGCGCACGAUGGCCAAUUGUUUCAUGGCCAAUCCUUUAGUAUAUGGAAACGUUCUCUCUCUCUCUAUUUCGUUACUGAUAAUUGUAAUUUCUAUGGAGAUAAUCUCCAUGGUGAUAAUUUCUAUAUGUAUAAUAUCUAUGGUGAUAAUUUCCAUGGUGAUAAUUACCAUGGUGACAAUUUCUGCUGUAACACGUGUGUUUUACUACAAGGACCAUGCAUACUGCUUUAUUACGCUGUAGGCUUAUAUGUGUACCUAGCCUAAGGGCAAUGAAGUUCUUUGUAUGGAACCGAUGAAUAAUGCAAAUUAAUGCGCGCGCAUGUGGCAGUGAAACACAUGAGUAUAUCACUGAACUUGGGGGGGGGGGGAAGGGUGGUGGACUCCAAAAAUGCAGUUAUUAGCAACCGUUAUCAAAACAACUAUAAAACAAAUGAAACAGUACAUCACUUACUAUAUUAAAAACGGAAUAAGCAUGUAAUAUUUUGAAAAUAAUGGUUAUAAUUCAUGUUUUUGUUCCUAUCUAAUAUGUAAAUCAAUAUUUUUCUUCUUUCCAAUAUUAGAUUUGUUCGGAUUAAUAUAGAUAUUAAAAUACUGUUUUCAUAGUUGAUACGUACUUAUUCUUUCAUUUGAGCCUAAACUUAUCAGCCAUUUCCACCAAACUUGAGUAAUCGGCGAUAUGUUCCAAAAUGCAAAAUAGACCGAUAAGAGUUAUUUCACAUACAUAUCUUGUUGUACAUUUGCUUCAACUUUAUUUUUGAAGACCCUCGAUUUUUGCUACCAAUUUUUCUUUCAUAUCCAGGGAACUUUUUACACUUUUAUACUUUUUAUUACUUGUUACACAUACAUAGAUGCUAGAUCUCUAUUAAGCAUAUUUUCUAAACGUCAUUAACGACAAUUUCAUUGUAAUAUUAUUGUUAUGUAUUUGCUAAGAUAAAAAAAUGUAUAGCAUUUAUUCUUAAUAAAAGAUUAAUAGUACAUAUCAGACAAUGCGA